UCCCUUAUCAAUUUAUCAAUGGCAAUGGCACCGCAGGCAACAGCAACAGCAACAGCAACAGCAACAUGACUUGGUAUUUCUCGGGGAGGACGGCCUGACAGCGCUAGCAGCCCAUGCACGCCUCGGUCAUGUACCAUGUCUCGCCAAUUACCGCUACUCUGUUACGUUCUGAGCCGCUUAAAUGCUGCUCCUGCGGGAGGAGGCAUCUCUUGGCUGCUUCCUCCUCGCUCAUCUCUUUCCCGUCCACUCCAACAGAUGUGAUUGAGAAGAUACAUGCACGGAGACCUGAUUGGUAUGAAGAAUUCUUUGCCAGGGCUAUGGACCAAGACAUGAGGUCUUACGAAGCUCAGAUUUCAGGCUACAAAGCAAAGCUCUUCCCUCAUUUAAUUGAAAAUAGUAAGCAUGUGCUGGAGCUUGGUGUUGGUACAGGGCCCAAUUUCAAAUACUAUGCUAGAGCUGAUAAAGAUCUUAAUGUUAUCGGCGUUGACCCUAAUAAAAAGAUGGAGAAAUAUGCUCGGAAAGCGGCCGCAGCCGCGGGAUUAUCACCUGCCGGUUUUAGUUUUAUCCAAGGGGUUGGAGAGGCUUUACCAGCAGCAGACAAUUCUAUGGAUGCCGUUAUUGGGACUAUCGUAUUAUGUUCCGUUGAAGAUGUAUAUCAGUCACUCAGAGAAGUGAAAAGGGUGUUAAAGCCAGGUGGUUUGUACUUAUUCAUUGAGCAUGUUGCAGCUCCCGAUGGCACACUUCUUCGGUUGGCACAGACUGCUCUUGAUCCUCUGCAGCAGUUACUUUCUGAUGGUUGUCAUCUCACCAGGGAAACUGGGAAACAGAUUUCUGAAGCUGGCUUCUCUAACUUGAUCCUUAAUAUGACAUUCCUGUCUAAUGUUUCCCUCAUUAGUCCUCAUGUUUAUGGAAUAGCCUUCAAAUAACAUCCCCUUUUUUUCAAUGUAAAUUUGAGUUGUUUAUGAUUAUUAUUUGUGUUGAAUUAGUAUAUGAUGUGAUGGUGUAUAUAUUUGGACUGAGAUAUAUCUGGUGAGAUUAUAUUAAUAUUU